UCACAUUAUCGACGGCGACUUUUUUCAUAUGUGCCAAAAGAACAGAUGGGAACGACAAGACUCUCCGUCACCAUCUCCUACCGCCGGAUGGCGAUCUGCGCCGCACCGAUGGCCGAGAAAAAACCGGCAGCUCCCGUUUUUACCGUGCAGUAGUCCUUGGGCCUUCCCUCCCCAGAAUUGUACCCUGAUUCGGAUUCAGGUCGUUGCCUCGGUGGCGAUCUGGAGUUUGAUGGUUGGUGGUCGUUUUGGGGUGUCGCUUUAGUCGCUGUCGUUACCUUGGGGCAAAUGAUCGCAUCGAAGGGUAUUAAGUGGAGACGCGGGUACUCGAGGUCAGGGUUUCUGGUAAAACUCCACAUUUCAUGCCUUGAAUAAUCCCUCUUUGACGGAUUCAGUGAGUUAGGGAUCAGCGGAGACGACUGGUUUAAAAUAGGCAAAAGCAGCGAUUGUCAGCUUCUGUCGUCACAGCGCCGAGGGAAUUGGAUCUUGAAAGAGAUCAUAAAAAUGUCAGGUUGAGGCAACAUGCAGAAUUAUUAUCUGUGGAGGUGACCGAAAUAAGUGAGCAUGAGUUGUUCUUGUUUUGGUGCUUUGUUUUCCUGCAAAAAACAUAUUAAGCCUACUGAACAGCGCACCAAUGGAUUUUUAUCAGUUAAGAAUAUAAGACUUUUCUCAUACGUUGAGCUAAAAUCAGCUACAGUUAAUUUUCAUCCAAGCAACAAGAUUGGCCAGGGUGGUUUUGGAACAGUAUACAAGGGAGUUCUUAUGAAUGGAGUAGUUGUUGCAAUAAAGGUACUCUCCACAGAAUCUCGGCAAGGAGUCAGCGAAUUCUUGACUGAGAUUGAUGUCAUUACAAAUGUCAAGCAUCCAAACCUUGUUGAGCUUAUUGGUUGCUGUGCCGAGAGCAGUAACCGCAUUUUAGUAUAUGAAUUUUUGGAAAAUAGUAGUCUUGAUCGUGCAUUACUGGGUCGAAACUGUGAUGCCAGCAAGCUGAACUGGCACAUCAGGUCAGAGAUUUGUUUGGGAAUUGCCAGGGGAAUUAUCCAUCUUCACGAGGAUCUUGUACCACCGAUUGUUCAUAGAGACAUCAAACCUAGCAAUAUUCUCCUCGACAGUAAUUUUGCCCCCAAGAUUGGAGAUUUUGGUGUGGCCAAGCUAUUUCCUGAUAAUAUUACUCACAUCAGUACACGCGUAGCAGGAACAACUGGUUACCUGGCGCCUGAGUAUGCUUUGCAGGGACAUUUAACCAAGAAAGCUGACAUAUAUAGCUUCGGAGUAGUCCUUCUCGAAAUAAUUACUGGCAGAAGCAACUCAAGGUCAUUUUCAGAAUGCGGGAAACCACUUUUGGAAUGGGUAUGGAGUUUGUUUGAAGAAAAUAGCCUUAUUGAGGUGGUAGAUCCGGCUCUGGAGGAGUACCCCCAAGAACAAGUCUUGAGGUAUACCAAGGUAGCACUUUUCUGCACACAAGCAGCAGCUGCGCGGCGGCCAUCCAUGCUCCAAGUGGUAGACAUGCUAAGUAUGCCGGUGCAACUUAACGAUGAGGAGAUUACCAUCCCUUGUUACAUGGAAGAAGACUCGAGAAAAUUUAUUAGGAGCUUCAGAGCGAAAAAUUCCAACAGUUCGCAGAAGUAUUCCACGAGUACUGAUACAACCAUCCCAUUCACCUCGAGUCAAGUUACUUUCACUGAAAUAUCUCCGAGAUGAGCAUCAACGCAAAAGCAGGGUAGCAUGCGACAUUCUUUUCAUGAGUCUCAUGGAGAAUUCCAACCCUAGCACACAAUUCGGGUGAGCAUGUCUUGAACCCUGAGACUGUUUCAUUAUUUUUUUUUCCUUUCAAGUUUGUAAUCAAUAUAUUUUCCUCAAUAUGUUUGUAUAUAUUACGAUGUAAUCAUGCAAAGAAAGUAGAAAUUUCAAGAGUGUCUAUGGAUUUUCUUGACUA